CAGUCCGUUGGAAAUAAUGGACCAUUUCAGAAAAGAUUCAAUUAUUUGUACAAUCUAAUAUUUGCAAUUGUAGCAGCCAUGCCUUGUAUGAAUAUUAUUUUGGCCUUAUCUGUACCAGAUCACUGGUGUCAUGUUCCCGGAAGAGAAUUUACAAAUUAUACUAUAGACGAAUGGAAGAAUCUCACUUUACCAAAAGAAAUCAAUAAUAAAGGUAUAGAAGCUCCAAGUUCCUGUAAAAUGUACAAUAUCACAGAUGCUAGUGACCUCCAUCUGGAUUAUAAUUAUUCAAUAACAAAGUGCAUUUACGGCUAUGAAUAUGAUACCAGGUGGUAUGAGCUCACGAUACCUUCUCAAGAAGAUUGGGUUUGCGACAAAGCUCUUCGAGUCACCAACAUGUUUGUGGUUGCUAGAAUUGGCGAUAUGUUGGGCGCAUUGAUUUUUGGACAAAUGGGCGAUUAAUUCAAAUUUGAUAUGAAAAAAGUUGCACUGCCCUUUGACUAGAGUUUUCGGUUAAGAUAGUAUC